CCAAUCGGCACAGUAACUCAGCGAACUAAUUGAAGAGUGAACUAACUUAAAGAAAACAACAAUGGCUUUCAAAACCGUUUUUUUCCUACUCGCAUGCAGUAGCUUUGUUUUUGGUUUCAAUGUUGAUGCAAGAGACAAAAGACAGGCGGAUGCUGGAGGGCUUAUGGGUCAAUUUACAAAUGGUUUUGGUGGAGUUGGUAAAACUUUUGAUUAUGGACGAAAUGCCAUUGUCGAUGGUUGGGAUUCUAUAAAAGAUUUGGGACAUAAAGGAAUCGAAACUCAAGCUACUUUACAAAAAUCUGGAUUCGAUCUUGGUACUAUCGUUCCUCAGUUCGGAAGAAAUGUUAUUGCUAAUAAUUAAAAUAGAUGUUAUACUAAUUUUUCUGGAAGUUAAAUAAAAUAUACAGCUUUACCCGAGGCAUCUUAGUGCUAACUCACAAAAAUACGUCAAAAUUAUACAAAGGAUAUUUUGAGAAUAAUUAGUGCAACGUAAAGUUUUCUUUUUAAUGUAAAUGAAAUAUUAUUCUGAAUCAAAAAUAAAAUAAAUUUAAAAAGCUCAUAAA